GUUUCGGUACUUCGGAAUUUGGGUCUAAUUUACGAUCACAUAAACUAUUAGGUACCUACGAAUACAAGUGGAAGGCCGUCAGGAAACUUAUAUCCUGAAUCAGAUAUAUAUAAUGGUGAUUUGUGUUGUGUAAAUAAAUAUCGAUGUCGUCGCAAAAAAGUGAAGUGAGCAAGAUUAAUAAUAAAAAAGAUAUUUGUAGGGACUUCUUGUGGGGCUGCUGUAGUAAAGGACCCACAUGUAAAUUCCGCCACGAGUUGAUUUUAGAGGAUAUGAAAAAGACUUUAAUAUUUUGCCACGAUUUUCAAAAUCACGGAUGUACACGUAAAGAUUGUUCAUUUCUUCAUGCUAGUAGAGAAGAGCAGAAUUUGUUUGAGGUUGCGGGACAGUUACCUGAGGUUCUUGUGGAAAGGUACAGAAAUAUGUCAAUGACAAGCGGUGAAACAAUCCCGCAGAUAGCAAUGUAUAUCAGAGAGUCUCUGGCUAUAGCCCCUCCACCUCCACCGCCUCCUCCUCCCCUGCCAGCAACUAAUAAUAUAGCAACAUAUGGCCCCAGUCAAUCAAAGUUUAUGGGCCCAGGAUCUCAUUCAGUAAUGGCAACUGUUGGUCCUCAUAUGGCUCCAGUUCAUACUACUGCAGUCAUGCCUCCAAUACAUCCCGCUGUAACUUCAACUUCAGCAGUAGCAGUGCAGCACUUGCCACCACCACCUCCUCCCCCAGUACAAAAUUGUACAUCUGAAAAAAGUUUUAAAGCUACAUCUCAUACAGGUGCAUUGGCAACACACCCAAUAAAUAAUCAACUACCAGGUUUUCCAGCCAAAUUUGAUACAAGUAAACCACCACCCAUCCUACCAGCACAAUUACAAUCCAGGACUGGUAAACGUAAAUUAGCAGAUAGUGAGGCUGAGCCUUCGAAAGUAAGAAAGGAUGAGGAAACAAAAGAAGUAGCCAAUUCUUGCGGCAGCUGCAGCCAAAGAGAAUGCAGAAUAAACUUAUACAAAAAGAAACUGGAUGAGCAUUAUAUUCAAGAAGAAAAUCUUACCCUAAUAUAUACAAGGAAAUUGGAGGAAUAUCAGAGAAAAAUGGACUUGCUUAAGACUUUUUUCAGCCCAGUAAUUUACUCAUUACUAGUGGAUUAUAUAGAGAAAAUGACACAAUAUCAUGUAGGUGUUCUCAAUAAAAUUCCAAGAAUUACCCAGCCUCAGACCCUACCGGAAGAACUUGUGAGGACACUGCUGACAUCUAUAAGGUCAGCACCCAGCACAUCAAACGUAAACAAUAUUCAGGAACUAUUAACUAGACUGAGUGAGAUGCAAAAUGUACAAAACACUGUCAACGACAGUCAAAAUCGGACACUUGGUGUCGAAUAUAGCUAUACAAACGGACAGAGAACCGAUGCAAUGUCAACAAGGCAAAAUAGUUCUCAAGUGGAUGUUAACCAAGCGCAUUCAAAUCGCACAACUACUUCAAUGAAUGUUCCAAAGACUAUGCCCUCAAUAUACAGUGUUCCACCUCCGAAUAUUAGGAGUUAUUUGCCGCAACCGACCGUCCCUCCAACACAAAAUACAGCAACCAUGUCUGGAUUCAAUCAGCAACAUAAUUAUAGCGCACCAACGACAUAUAACGUUACAAAUUGUGUGCCAAGUGUGACUCUACCACCCGCGAACAAUCGAGAGUUCACGUACACGCCCAUGCCUGGGUACAGUCAGCAACAAAAUUAUGGUGUACCAACAAUGUUCAAUAACACGAAUAGCACACCAAGUCAACCUCCACCUCCCACAAGUAAUAACGAUUAUCCUUAUUCAUCUAUAGCUGGCUACAGUCAGCAGUACAAUUAUAGUGUAACAACGAAUAAUAUAAACAAUGUACCAAGUAUCGUUCCAACACACAAUCACCAUAUUAUUACUCAUACACCCGUGGCUGGAUACAGUCAACAGUAUAAUUAUAACGUUCCAACAUCAUACAACAAUGUACCGAUAACGUCGACCCAACCCUCGACCAGUCGCAAAAACUAUUCAUUUAACAAUACGGCAAACAAGCCACCAUAUUAUCAAGCACGUCAAUAGCAUUCGGUUAUGAUCGCCCAUUUGGCGAUAAGGACUGAUAUUUUUUUAUAAUAUAAAUAAUACUAUUAGUGCAUUAUAAUAUCGAACACUGCAACAAACGGAUGGUUGUUUAAGAGUUAUGAUAACACAAUAUUUUUAUUUUUAUUGCGACGCUGAAUGUUGGGUAACGUACAAAGCAAGCAAUUUAUUGUUGUAAGAAUGUAUAAAAGUGCUCUAGUGUUUCCAAUACCUUACGGUAGCAUGCAUUGAGUCCUAUUUGUGUGUUUGAAGUGAAACGUGUGUUUGAAGAAAAAAAACGUAAAAGUAUGUUAGCUGUAAGUGUAUAAAGAAUGUUUGGAAAUAGCCUUCUGUAUAGUUUGACGAUGAUUUAUUCAGCAAUCUGAUCUAUACAUGACACGAAUUAAAAAGGUUAAAUAAUUUAACUUAAUUCUUAUCUAACGUGUGUUAAACGCAAGUGAUAUGUGAACGGUUGUUAAUGUUAAAUGUAUUUUCAUUCAUAGUACAGUUGUGCCUUGCCCUGUCAAUAAUGCAAGAACGCACAUGCUAUUUGUAUAGUUUUUUCUGCUGAUUCAGACUACCGACUCUCGUAUUUUGUAUUAAUUUAUUCAUUUGAUACUUGGUACUUCAUUGCUCGUUUAAUAUUUCGCGGGCUGUCAGUGGUCAUACUUUAAAGCUAGUGUUACAUAUCGCUUAUUUCAACUUGAGCAUUGAUAAAGUAGUUCCUUCAUAAAGCUUAAGUAAUUGAUCUCGCACCUUAAUUUAACAAAAUUUAUUUCACACUAAACAUAUUAUACAUUUAAAUGGUAAACUAAAUAAAAAUUAGUUUGUAUUUGUCGAGGUGCGAAUUUGGCAGCGCACAGCGUAUUAUGUUCGUCUUUCGUUUAUGCGCAAUGCAAUAUAAGAGCUUAACUCCACUAAGUGGCUAGUCGCCGGCGAGGCGAGGGUCGCCAAUGAUGUAGCGGCUAGUGCGCAACUGUAUCUGUACCGGACUAGUUCAUUUUAAGAAGGAGUCGAAUAAACAUGUCAUUGCCAUGGUAUAAUAAUAUACUCCGGCUGGUAUUCUCUUCCCGUGACAGCUGGAUCACGUGAUUGGUCUUAGAAUACGUCAUCAGUUGCGAUGACUGUUGAACAACGCUUGCCAUAGACUUGCUAUAGAUGUGAGUGACACAUGUAUAUUAUAUUAUGACGUAGUCGUAGGCCAUCGUGAGAAGAGAAUUCCAGGCGGAGUAUUUUAUUAUACUAUGGUCAUUGCGUUCUUUUUGACGGCGCCGCGGCCAACCAAAUUUAACUCAAUCUCAAUCUGUCUUAUGUGCUCUUUAUCAUGUAUGUCUACGGAAAAUACUUUUUUUGAAAAAAUAAUGUGACCUAUUUGAGAGUUAGGAAUUGGGCGCGGUUAGCUGCAAUGACAACCCGCUUAGUGGAAAGAGUGUUAAGCGACUAAGUCCUGCGCAAUACUUUCGCACAAUAUGUCCUUGCGGUGCAAUAGAGUCCGCCACUAAUACACCGUAUCGUACUGCGAGGGUGCUACGAACGAGUGCUAACAACGUCACGUGUCAACCACGAAGCAUUAUCAAGAGAAACCCGGAUGACACGUUCUAGUGGUCAACACUAUGUCGUAAUUAUUCUUAGCAAGUUCAUAGUAUGAUAAGGUUUUAGGUGAGGACACUCCUUUAGACGACCAGUCGUCUUCUGUUUUGUACGUUUCAAAUAUUGUGUUACACAUGUGUGUCUUUUGCCCAAUGCCGUUCAAUGAUUUAAAGCUGUAACAAUUUUCACUAUCGCUAUAUGUUAUUAUUAUGUUUUAUAAUUACUGUUAACUAUCUGGUUUGAUUUGUAAAUGGAAUCUGUAAUGUUUUCAAACAUCUGACAUAUAUAUUUUCAAUGAGUGUUUUGAUUACAUUUUACUUGUUAUAAUUGUUCGUUGACUCCGUAAACAUAAUAUACAAAGCAGGAUGUACAUUGCAAAAUUAUUUUAAGAUAAAUAUUUUAGCUGAAUGCGAAUUAUAUCAAAUAUUUUUAAUUUUUUCAAUAUUGGUAGUAUAAUAGUGUUGUAAGGGCUAUCUGUACAUAAAGUGUAAAAUUUGUAACAAAUAGAUAACUGUAAACUUUUCUAACAUUAGAUUACCCUUAACAGUUAAAGUGGCAAUUUAUUUGUAGUUUAUACGUCAUAUUUAAGAAUGAAAAAGCGUAUACAAACUCAAUAAGUCAUCGAAUAGCGUAGCAGUGAAGGCUUGACUCACAUUUUCAAGCUGUUAUAAAGUAUACUAAUAAUAAAUUUAAAAAUUUAUUUGUUCAGCUGGCUAGCUCGUAAAAUCGUACAGAACUGUUGAAACGAUGAUAUAUCGAUUGAAUUGUUCACAGUAUAGAGUUAAAUGAACAAAACUACUGCGGACUUGAUCCCGCGAGUAUUAGAAUGAUUGAAGAUGUUAUUCUCGUCCAAUGUUAUUAUUGGUCGAGCACUAUCAGUAGAGCAGGUUUUAUUUCUCGCGAGUGUUAUUCCCGGAGCCAAGCGUUAACAUUUUAUAAAUAGUAUAAUUAAGUAGUUGCUAGCGUUGAUUACAUACAAAUAUUGAAUAGACGUAGAGAAAAGAACAUGCAGUUGAAAGCAAGGGUCACUCAUAGUAGAGUAUAUUUGCAAUAACAAUAUUUUAAAUACAAAUAUAUAUGCGCCUCAGCAAAAUACACGAACAUAUAUUGUUAAGGUGCAUUAUUGUAAUCUUUGUCAUCGAAUGAAUGUGUGUGUCAAUAUAACAUAUUUUUAUAUAAUAUGAUCUACCACCAUGUGACCUUAAAAAGUAAACAUUAUUAAUAUUAUUAGUCUUUAAGUAAUAAGUGUUAAUUCGACAAAUUCAAAUUACAAUUAAUCCUGUAUGAAAUAUUUUUAACAUAUGUACAUUAUUCAACCGGCAUUUUUUAUUAAUAUAAAACUGAAAUGAUGAUAUAAAUUAAAAAUGAAUUUUCUAUUGCGUUUUAUCUGAAACGGAACUGUUCAACAAUAGUAUUAGAUAAUUAAUCUUAACGAAAAAUUCAACGGCAACGGUAUUUGUAUAGAGAUGGAGAAUGAUAAUUGUCAAACACCAUAUUAGGUAUAAUUCAAUUGAUCACCAUUUUUUGAAAAUAGUCGAUAUAAAAAUGUGGUCAUUUCAAUUGAAUGCGUUUAUCACAAUCCUUUUAUACGCUCUAAAAUAUAUUACUUCACAUUUCGACAGUCACAGGCCAAGCAUAGGGACUACCGCGGUAGUCCCUAUGCAUAUAAAAAAAAUGAAUAUUCAGCCCCUGCGUGUUACAGCAAUCUAGUCAAUUGAUAUUGUUAUUACUACUUUAUAUUGUAUAUUUUUUUGGAAUUGGGAAGAUACAAAACCUCCCAAGUAAAAAUGGGCCAAUAAAAUGUUUACAUUUAAAAACAAUAGGACAGUUGCGAUACAUAAAGCAUUCGUUGCGACCACUCUACUCAAACACGUGUCUGACCGGGUAUGAGUAUAAUUGACAAGCAAUCCUGAUUGAUGCGUGAAAUGUGAAAAAAAAGCGUAAAUAUUACUUAUUUAAUUAGUGACUCAUUAAUGUUGUGUUUGGAAACCAGCAUCUUUCUUAAGACCCGCAUAUACUGCCGAAGUGAUUUAUGACUUCGAGUUGCUACAUAAUAUUUUAUUCAUUAUUAAGUGUAAACAAUAUAUUCGUGUACGUACUAGAAAAAUCCAAGAAUACGACAUAAAUACUCUCAACGAAAUACUUAAUAUUAUGUGCCUCACAAAUUUGUUAUAACAAUAUAGAAAAUAUUUAAAGUUAUACGUAAUAUUAUGUAGAUACUGCUCAAACCAACAUCAAUAACUUAUAGCUUAAGUUUGAAUUGGACUAACUUUGUAAAUAUUUAUUGUUCCUUUUUUUAUAAAUUAUAAAAAAUUUUUAGAGUUAAGGGUAUUUAAAGAACAGUAGCGAUCAAAAGAUAAUACAACUAGCGUUCUUUAUUCGAACAACUAAUUGAAGAUUACAAGAAUAACAUUUAUUACGAUCAAGCUUGGUGUUCGUCAUUACAUAGAAUUGCAUCACUAAUUGUCAUUGUUUUUAUUUAAUUUCUAAGGUCACUUCGUGAGUCACUAUAUAAUAAUAAAUAAGUACUAUAUAAUAAAAGUUUAUAAGACAAUUAGGAAAAAAAUAUACAAUAUUUAAUAAAAAUUUUGCUACAUGGUCUACAAGACAAUAUAUUUUAGAAGCUUUUCACCACCAUACAGUUAAACUGUACUUAUCAUACAUUUAUAUGUGUUCAUAAAUUCAGUUUUUAUAAUCAUUACUUAUUUGUAUUAUUAACUUGCAAGCAAUAAUUAUAUUCUAAAUUAAAUGUUUAGUAGAUAAGUAAUAUCGUAUUAAUUCGCCUUCUUUUAAUGCCUUAUUGCAGAAUCGUUGUUAUCUAAUACUAUUGUUGAAUGACGUUGUUAUAUAAUUGACAGAGUGACGUAAUUUAAGACAUAAUCCAAGGAUUCCGUUUGUAUUACGUGCUAUGUGUAAAUAAAGAACAAGAAAGGAAAUAUGGCGUGCGUUUUAGACAGUGAACGCAUAUAAAACAUGGAAGCAUUUCUGACACUUUAAAAAAGCGCAAUCCCGUAGUUGGUAGGGCAUUUAAUAUUGCCUUUUUGUGGAGUGGUAACUAUUCUGGGGUGGCACAUGUACCCUUCAAAAAUCCAUUUCUUUUAUUAUGACUUGACAUGACAUCCCCUUAUACAUCGUCCAUAUAUCUGACAAACAUUGACAAUAUGUCAAGCGCGCGUACAAUUUACCGUAAUCAUGUCGAGGUUUUGGCGCCAAUAAUCACCGGUAGAUAGUAUGACGAGAGUGCUUCCAUGUUUUAUAUGCGUUCAUUGGUUUUAGAUUAUACAUGAAUUCUGACAAACUUUUUGUAAAAAAAGUGAAUUAAAUAAUUAAUUUUU